CUGUGGCAACGGCAGUGUAACUCGGCGCUGGAUGAAGCAGAGACCCGGCCAUCCGACGAUCGUCCGAUCAACACGCGAUGUAGACGGUAUGAACCAGCCGGUCUGGUACAAAACACAGAGUGCGACACGUGGAGGGCAACACAAUUGACGCCAUUACACAAACACUAACACCUUGUGGCUCCAUGAUACCCUCCAGCUACACACAAUACAACAGCCACAACUAUUCAGCAUUUGUUUACCAACACACGUCAAUGACUAGGUAACCAAAUUAGCCAGUAAUGCGACGGAGGGACAGAUCAAGUCUUGUGCAUCACAGAUAUAAGAACUCAAGAAGAAAAUGAUACUGUAUUCGUAGGAUGGACGGCGACCCUUCGAGUGUAUCUUACCGUUCGUCUUGUUCAAGACAUGGUCGCUUGUGUAUUAUGGUGUUACUUGCAUUGAUGGGUUUUAUCGUGACGCCAUCGCAAGCUAAUCCUGAUGCCAAACGUUUAUACGAUGACUUACUUAGUAAUUACAAUCGAUUGAUCCGACCAGUGAGCAAUAACACAGACACUGUGCUAGUAAAGUUGGGUCUUCGGCUGUCUCAACUCAUCGAUCUGAAUUUGAAGGAUCAGAUUCUUACUACGAACGUCUGGCUGGAACAUGAGUGGCAGGACCACAAGUUCCGGUGGGACCCACAGGAAUAUGGAGGUGUUACUGAACUCUACGUCCCGUCAGAACACAUCUGGCUGCCUGACAUUGUGCUCUACAACAACGCGGACGGGGAGUACGUCGUCACCACGAUGACAAAAGCGAUCCUUAAUUACACCGGCAAGGUGACGUGGACUCCGCCCGCCAUCUUCAAGUCGUCCUGCGAGAUCGACGUGCGAUACUUUCCGUUCGACCAACAGACUUGCUUUAUGAAAUUUGGUUCUUGGACGUACGACGGCUUUCAGAUCGACUUGAAGCAUAUCAACCAGAGAUUCAACAAUAACAAAGUGGAAGUUGGGAUAGACCUGAGGGAGUACUACCCAAGCGUCGAGUGGGACAUCCUGGGAGUUCCUGCGGAACGCCACGAAAAAUACUACCCUUGCUGCGCCGAACCGUACCCCGACAUCUUCUUCAACAUCACGCUACGCCGUAAAACCCUGUUCUACACAGUGAACCUGAUUGUGCCAUGCGUUGGAAUCUCCUACCUCUCAGUAUUAGUGUUCUACCUGCCAGCAGAUUCGGGGGAAAAGAUAGCACUCUGCAUCUCAAUUCUUCUGUCCCAGACCAUGUUCUUUCUGCUCAUAUCGGAGAUAAUCCCGUCAACAUCGCUAGCCCUACCACUACUCGGCAAGUACCUGCUGUUCACUAUGAUUCUGGUGGGACUGUCUGUAGUCAUAACCAUAAUGGUUCUCAACGUCCAUUACCGCAAGCCAAGCACCCAUAAGAUGGCUCGUUGGGUGAGGAAAGUCUUCAUAAGACGACUGCCCAGGUUACUCUUAAUGAAGGUACCAGAACAGCUUCUAGACGAAUCCGCCGCAAAUAAGAAUCGAUUACGUGCAGCUGCGAAGUCGAAACUUAACGCCGCUGCGGCUGCACCUGCAGCGUCUUCGUCAUCGGGGGCGUCGUCACCGGACUCUCUGAGACAUCACCCCCUUCAGAGGCCCGGGGGAUGCAACGGACUCUACUCAUCGGGCAGUGGAGCCACUAACCGGUUCGGAGGACUCAUGGCGGGUUUCAACGGACUGCCGUCUGUGGUCGGCCUGGACGGCAGUUUGAGCGAUGUCGGCACUAGGAAGAAGUAUCCGUUCGAGCUGGAGAAGGCGAUUCACAACGUAAUGUUCAUCCAGCAUCACAUGCAGCGCCAAGACGAGUUUGAUGCGGAAGAUCAAGACUGGGGUUUCGUGGCUAUGGUACUGGAUCGUUUGUUCCUAUGGAUCUUCACAAUCGCGUCGAUCGUAGGAACUUUCGCGAUCCUAUGCGAGGCACCCGCCCUCUACGAUGACACGAAACCAAUCGACAUGGAACUGUCGUCCGUCGCCAAACAGCAGUUCUUACGAGACAUACAGAACUCGGACUAGACUCAGUGUUGACAGUUUUGUGGAGUAAGGGUACGAACAGCUCGCUUCCUUACCAUCUGUACAGUGACUGUAUUCCAAAGGGUUCAAUGAAUUUGCUCUCCUGCAGUGAGUUCACGAACCCCAUUCAUAAAUUGACGUUAAAAGCACGUGCAGGCAGAUACUAUUACAAAUAUAAGUAUAUAAACUACUGUAAAAUGUCCUUUAAAACCCAAAAAUUCAUCUGUUGGUCCUUUCUUUCUUUUCUUUUCUUUUCCUUAUAUAUCUCCGACCUUUAUGGACUUCAGAUAUAUUUAUAUGUAUAUUACUUAAAGCUGCCUAAUUAACGCAGCACUUUUAAAAUAGAACAUUUUGCCAUUUAGCGUCACUGCUGAGAUCAUGCUUAUUUAUAAAAUACAUAUUCCCAUUAAGAGUAAUUUAUUGCAGAGGCUAUAUAGAUAAUCAGGUUGGCUGUUUAAAUAUAUUUCUGAAGAUACGUUACCGAGUUUCGUAUAACGAAAUUUUAUACUUCAGUGACACUGUUGUGUGCCAUUUUAGGGAUCCAAAGGAUAAGACGUUCUUCAAAACCCUGUAGUGAGCUAUGUAUGUCCAUCAGUCUCUUCCUUGAUGUUUUUCUUGAGACUUGGCAAGCACAUCAUGCCGUCUGAGACUGUGAGCUUACAACAUAAGUCCGGAGACCGGAUACACAGAAUCACGUUUUCGUGAAUUUCCUUACUCCAUCCAGGCAAAUGGCAGAUUUUUUUCACUGUUAAAUUUGAAGGGAGAUCAAAUAAGUCCCAAGCGAUACUGUCAUUACAAAUGUUCAUAAUGAAUUCGUCCGUACUGAAACUUUAAAAUUUAUAUGCACAGAAUAUCUACGCAAAAGUAUGGGCGCGAUGUGGUGUGAGGUGAAGUGCGGUGAAACUGUGAUGUCGGAUUCUAGUGCACGAGUCGACCUCUGAGACAAAGACAGACAGAUGGGCAGUGGCUCUCUGCUGGUCCCACCGAAUACCACGCAAGUAGAAAUGGGCUGGACGCAAAACUACGUUACAUAUUCAGAGCGAUAUUUCCUAGUUUGACAAAUUGCAUCAAUGUCACUUCAAAUACGAAAAACAAAUAUCUCAAUGUAGAAUGAAUACACAAUUUCAUUACGUUUUGGCUAUGUUCCAAGAACAGAACAUUAUUCUGUUUCCAAAAUAUUGUACGGAUGUAGCCCAGCUUAUAAAGAUUCGACGAACAACAUCAAAACCCGGAUAUUUUGUUACAAACAGAAACGAAUAAAAUAAAUAUCGAUACACAAAUGUAAUCAAUUUAGUACCCCUUAAUGUUAAACAACCGGUUUUCAGAAUGAAUACAUCAAUACUCUACUACAUAAUUGCUGAAACUUAGUUAAAUCGGCAUUUUAAAGCAGUUGGCAGUUUAUACUCAAGUUAAUAUAUGUGUUUUCUGACAUAUUACAUAUCUCAUUAUCAAACAAUCGAUUUGAAAUGUAAAUCAAAUUAGAUACGAUUUUUACUUGCAUAAUUCUGUGAUAAUACAACCAUCUCUAGCAUAAUUCCAGGAUUUAAUUGUAGUUUAAGUAAUAAGAGCAUCUAAAUUGUCGUCGAUCUAUAACACGUAUUUUCGAAAAUUUACUAUCAUGAACAUUAUCAUGUGAAAGAGCAAAGUAUGCAAGACGGAUUAUCUGAAUAGAAUUAAGAUACUAAAAUAAAAGCUAAAAUUUAAUUUAUUCCGCAGAUGAAAUGCGACAUCAGAUGCCCGUAAAUAUGCUUAAUACGUUGAUAUUUCUAACAGACACAAUGACAUUUUAUACAUUCUUAUUUAAUAAGCUAGAGUUAAGACAAAGGCAUCUUGUCACAAUAUACUAUAUUACUAACAGUAUUUCCUUUUAUAUAAUAAAUGGUUAAAUACUAAUUGUGAUAUAUUUAAAUUUAACCCAAAAUACAUACCCAAUAUUAUAUAAAAAUUCUCAAAUGCAUCUUUGUAAUAAAAAUAAAACGUUACAAUUAUAUUAGUAAUGAACGUGAUGCUUAUUUAUUUUGAUUUUAAAACUUUAUUUUCCACCCGUAAGACUUGUUCUGCCAAUGAUCAAUCCCAUUCAACUGUUCUCAGUGUUUCGUGUAAGUACUGUCAAUGAAUUUCAAAUUAACAAAUAGGAUCGAGACUUAGCCUCAAUUAUAAAACAGUGACGCAGAGAAGACAACAUCAUUAUCAGUGUGUUACGGCGCCACUAAUAAAAUCAUAACACAAUGUGAUGAAAUGUGAAGUUAGAGAAACUCCCUCUCUUCUUCUGCGACGAAAUUAAAUUAUUUAACUUCGCUUUCAAACUAGGAAAUAACGCGAAAUUUAUAUCGUAAUUAUAGACAACAUUUUCAUCAGUUCUUUAGAUAUAAAAACUAAAUAAUAUACAAGAGACUGCCUUGUUUAUUCAAUUGUAUUUUAAAUAUUUUACGUAAAAAAUAAUCGUGUCUUGGUGAACUUUUAAACAAAUUCUUAUUAGUGUAUUAUGGUUAAAAUAACUAUAAUCAAACUCGAAUUAUUUAUUAACACCAACGUACAUUUGUUAUUAAUUAGCGCAAAUUACCAGUGUGUGAAGAAUUUCAUGUUUCAAAAUAUUAUUAACAUUAUUACAAAAUACCAUUUUAGUUUAACUGAAAUGUGAGACCGUGCUAAUCUGUCUACUGCGAGAAAUAAGACGGAAUAAAGAGAAAAGCCAUCGAAAUGUGAUGCACUGUUAAUUACCGUAACUUAACGUGUUGAGUAAGUGCAACACUGGCUUAUGUCUGUGUUCGUGUCGCUACUUAAAUUCCACUUUGCUCAUAAUAAUGUAAUAUAAUUUAAACAUUUUGAAAAAACACAAGUACUUCAUUGUGAUAAGACAUUUAAACACUCGCCAAUAUAUCUCUCUCUUUUUUUUUGUAAUACACAAUGCGGUAGUAUAAUGCGUCCAAGUUUUGUUCUCAGACAAAAAAUUAAUGUCAUCGUAAUUCUGCUACAAGCUCUAUGUAAAUAUCCUAAUAUUAUGCACGUAUUUUUCAAGUCGCAUGAACUCAUAAUGAUACUACUCUGUCAUCUUCUCAUAAUGACGCCACUAAUAAUUUUAAAAAAAAAUUCAUUCAUUUUACAUUCCGCAAUUAACCACUGAAAGUAUAUUUAAUCCUCGAGAAGCAGAAAGCCUUUUUUAAAAAUGUCUGAUUCAAAACACAGUAAGUUACAAAUUAUUUCCAUCGUGAUUAGAAGAAUACACUGGAUCUAAUAGUGUCAUCUAAUGUUCAGUAAGUCAAAUGCAGUAAAUCACAAGUUAUCGAAUCUGAAACCACAAAAUAGCAUAAGAAGAUGCAAUGAGCACAUGAGCCCAUGAAUAAUUUUGUAAUAGACCCGACUAUAUUUUCCUCGCGGUGAGCCAAGCAUGGUCAUGGACCGUUCGAACUUUGAACUGCGGAACUCGGUUCACGUUUGUGCGUUGUGUAAGGCAGAGGUUUGCAGUUCGACGUUCUGCCAGAUAUCUGAAGGAUUGGAAUUAACAAGCAUUUCCUUAGACUUUAAUGCUUACGUAAGAACCCAAGAAAACGCAGGACGGUUUCUUUAAAUAUGGACUUCGAAAAUACUUUCAUAAGCACAUUUUACCUCCUUCUAACAAAUGUUCACGACUUAAAUAUCUGCAUACUUCCCCGUUGCCUUCAGAAUGCUCUCCAGACUUACGUCAGUAAAUUCUUUAUCCUUCCUGCUACAUCCUCCCCAAUAAAACGCUUAUUCCCAUCGUCAACAGAGUUUACAGUUGACACAGCCAAAGUAUUAACCAGAACCAAUAAUCAUUUACAUGAGAGCUUGUAGUUGAAGUUACAACAGACUUAUUGGCGCUUCAGUGCUGCUGUGAAUUCGGUCUGUGAAUGAUUUCAUGACCGUAUGGAUGUAGACUGUAUUGACGACGUUUCGGAAACAGCAAAGAUAAUUGAAACGUCGGCAACGCAUUCUACAUCUAUAAAGUGUUAUGGCCCAUAAAUUGGAGCAGCAUGAUCCGUUACUGUCGCAUUUUUUACAUUUUUUUCUAAUACCAAAACACGAACGGCCAAAUAAUUGAUACCAGUUGAAAUUAUUUACUUUUACCUAACACUUUCUCCAUUACAUACCAAAUUAUAUUCUUCAGAAUCACAGAGGACUUCGCCCCCUUACCACUUUUCUACGCUGCUCGUUCUGAACCGUCUUCACUUGCCUGGGUUACACUGUUCGUGUUGCAACAUUGCACGAUUUUACUCUGACCAUGGGGCAUCCAAUUUGGUGACGGCAACUAUAAGAAUUUAUAGCGCGCUCGUCUUUCUACUGUAGGCAUUUUUUACAGAAUCUUCUAUUAAAAUUACGUAACUCGAUCAAAGAGUGAAGUGAAACUGGUGCCGUUGCAAUCGGUCAUCAAUCAAUCAAUGAAUUUAAAUUUAUAACUAAAUAUUAUGAUGUAAUUUAAAUCAAUUUAUUAUACAUAAAAUUGCUCAAAACAUGUA